AUGGACCUCAAGACUUUGAGACCUCCCAACAGAGGCCAGGCGACCAACCCCAGCCGGCCGGCCGUCGGGUCAAGAGGCAAGGGAAAAAGCCCAAAAGCAAAUCGUUCCAAUGUGCCGUCCGCCGCUGCAGCGCCAAGCCCCUGGGAGGGCGGAAAGUCCUAUCAUGGCGUCAGGGCCCUGCCAGACGGCCGCAUGCUGGCCGAGCCUCCCCAAGCUUCCUCCUCGGGCCGCCUGGAGUUGUGCAAACGAGGCAGGCUGGCGACGGGCGCUAGAGAGUGCUUGUGCUGUCAGCCCGAGGCAGCACAUCACUACUCCAAUGGCACCAAGCCAGCUUCGUGCCACUAG